AUGUGGUCGGCUGGCGUUGAUAUUAAUAAACAGAAUGUUGACAAUUCCAAAUGGGGGACAGGUCUUUCAUCAUCAACUGCUACUGACACUGAUUUGUGGCGUCCUAACAAUUCCAUGACAUCCGGUUCUGGUUGGGGUUCCGUCAAUCAAAGUCCUGUCCCAAAUGCAGGGACAGAAGGAUGGAGUAGUUCCUUGCACAGCCAAACUAGCAACAACCUGUCAGUUCUACCUCAAAAUGACAACCGAUUAAAUUUUGGAGGCUUUCAAUCAAAUAAUUUAGCAAGCACUCAACCAUCACCACCAGCAGCAGCUCAACAGCAGCAAGCAGUAGCAGCAGCUGGAUCAUGGAGUAGCACAGCUAUGGGACCAGCUGGUGCUUGGAGCAGAGGCAAUCCCAUGUCCAAUCAGGUUGCUUCAUCAUCGUCGUCAUCAUCUACUAGUAAUCAAACACUUGCAUUAGGUGGUGGUGGUGGUGGUGGACCCAGCUCAUGGGCUGAAGCUGUGGCCAGCAAACAGUCGAGCAAUAAUUCCAACAAUGGUGGUUCUACCGCUGCUGCCAAUGUUGUCAACAUAUCAAGUUCAUCUGCUUCUAAUCAAUCAACAGUAUCAUCAUCUUCAGCUCAAGCAACAUCUAAUAACAACAUUGAUUCAAUUGCACAAAUGAAAAAGACCCAAGAAGAAAUGAUUGCCAGGGCCAUUAAUAGCAACGAGGGUUGGGGCAAGACUGUUAUUCGACAGGACACUGCAUGGAUCAUAGAUGACCCGGCCCCGGCUAUUUCCAACGAAUCCUCAUUUAAAGACUCUCACUCAGAAUCUGAACAUCAGACCACAACUGCCCUCACAGCCAAGCAGAUCAUCACAGGCACAGCUAUAUGGGAAAAUCUCAAAACUAAUCAGAAACCUGCAGAAAUCCCAACUAUUGCCACAACGACGACAACGACAACGUUAUCCUCAUCAACAUCAUCUACCGCCACGAGCUGGGAUCCAAACAACAAAAUGAGCAGCUCCAACAUUCCUACAGCAUUAAACAGUAGCCAGGAUGUAUUACCUCAGCCAUCGACUUUCAGACCAGUGAACCUUGACAUUAAAUCUAAUGUAUGGCCUUCUCAACCGACGACAACAGCCAACGUCAACCUGUCAACAUCUAAUCUAAACAACUGGGGCUCCAACAUUCUGCCAGAUGCACCAUGGACUGAUGGUUCUGCAACUGCUCCACCUCAAGUCAAAAAAGAUGAAGAAAGAUCUCCCUGGGGCCUAGCAGGAUCGAGUGAAAUUGGCUCAAAAUCAACAUCAGAUUUAGGUAUUAGUUGCUGGGAAAGACCAAACAUCCCAUUACAUCGUAGCUCAUCAACUGGCAGUUGGAUGGAGGAGACAUCCAAUCCGAGUUUAGACAUCACAGGCACGAAGGCCUGGGGUGAGGACAAAUCAGGAUCUCAAUCAAUAUUGAAUGAAAUUGACGAUGGCACAUCUCUCUGGGGAGAUAAGUUGCAACAUCCUGUCGAUGGUUGGAGGCAGGGUUCAGCUAUUAUGCCUGCCAAUAAAAAUAUGAAUGCACCCAGCAUGAGGAAGUCAGACAGCGAUGUCUUCACUACUUCUAAUCCACCUAAUAAUCCACUUGCACUCAAGUUAGGCGGAUAUUCUGUGGGACCAUUGGAUGACCUUUCUCGACCAUGGAACCAAAAUGUGCCUCUUUGCAGAACAUCAGAAAGCAGUAGCAGUAGUGGCAGCAACUCAACAACGGCCUGGGGCUCACUUGAAAACAACAACAACUGGAUGAGUUUGCUGGCUGCUCAAAACAACAACAACAACACUAACAAUAACAACGCCAAUAAUAACAAUAAUAUUGGGGUGCCUAGGCUAAAAACGCCAUCUCUAUCUAACUGGACUGAAAAUGCUGAUUGGUCCAAUAGAAUGGCUACAAGCCUAAUGAAGGCCAACAUGCGAACUCCAUCUUUACACGACCUCGCCUCCUCUUCUGUUUCCUCCUCCUCUUCCUCUUCAUCAACAUCUCGUUUCAAUCCUCAUCACCCUCUUCCCCAUCCUCUGCACGGUGGCCAUCACCCAACUGCCGGGGCUGGGGCAAUUAGACCGACCAUCGACAACGACGGCAUCAUCAACAAUAUCGACAAUCCCUUGGACCUGUUCAAUCUGCCUAAUCUACAGUCACUCAAUCUGGGCGCUUCUAUAAAUAACUCUGCUAAUAAUAUCAACAACAAUAACAACAACACUAAUCUGAAUAGUGUUAAUAAUGGCAGUAAUAAUAGUAAUAAUAAUAAUAACAGCAGUAAUAAUAUUAGUAACAACAUGAAUGCAGUCGCAUCUAAUCUCAUUGGCCAUCUGAGAGGAGCUGUUAAUGCUGGUGCCAACAGCAUUAAUAAUAAUAAUAAUAACAAUAAUGCCAACGUCAAUGGUGGUAAUAAUGUUAAUAAUAAUAAUAAUGCUAAUGCUGUUUUGAACCCAUUUGUUUCUAGUCUUGAGAUGAAUUCCUUGCAGGCGAGCAAUCCAAUGAUGGCGCAACUGCAGCAGUGCAACAAACCACCUCCUCCCAUUGGCUCUCAACUGAACAACAGCAGCAGCAGCAGCAUGCCUUUAACAUCACUACUUCCACCACAGCAGCAACAAUUCAUGCAUCAUCUUCUGCAGAGCGUCCAGAGCGCCGUGCAGUUGAAUCUGAUUCCUGCCCAGAUUGUCAACCAGCACACCAUCACCAACUCGACAUUCAUCACCAUGGUGCAGGGUCUGCUGAAGCUACACGAAGCCUACCAGAAGCUAGUGCUCCAGUCAAUGCAGCAAGUUCCUCCGCCGACUCACUCAACACACGGUGGCAUGUUACAACAGCAGCGACAGAUUGAGAGUACCAUGAAUGUCCUGCAGCAGAGGAUCGAGACACUGAAGCAGCAGAUACUGCAAAUGGCUGCCACGGCUAACAUUUCAUCUAUCUCAUCUCCAUCUACGCCUAAUUUAGCAUCUGUUCUCGGGGGACCACCUCAGCAAGCGCUGCUACCAUCUACAGCUGGGUCCAGACUUAUUAAUCAGUGGAAAGUAUCAGAAAAUAAUAGUAGUAGUAAUAAUAGUAGUAGCAUUAGUAGUGCAACUAACGAUGCUAGAAAGCAUUCCUCAGCCAUGCCAUCAGAUGCUAGUGAUAUGAGUUCGCUAGCAUCUUCAUCGGGGGCUAAUUUUUCAUCAUCAUCAUUGGCAACUUGGAUGCCAACUUCGUCAUCAACAACUUCAUGGCUUGAAUCAACAUCAGGGGAUCAAAAAUCGACAAUCACACCAACAACUGUUGCCAACUUGACAUCUGCAACAGUCUCCAGCAGCACAACGUCUUCAUCGUCCUCAUCUUCCACUAAUCAGUCAUCUAACGUGAAUGAACUCUCUGCAGCAGCAAUUCCCAUGCUGGAUAUUGAAGAGUUUGUACCAGGGAAGCCGUGGCAAGGUCCAGGAACGAAAAACAUUGAAGACGAUCCUUACAUCACGCCAGGCAGCAUCAUUAAUUCAUUGUCCACUCUUAAAGAUACAUCAUCUCAUAAGAUAUCAUCAUCUUCAUCCUCUUCGUCGUCGUCGUCGUUGGCGGCAUCGACUGCUAACUUCACAAACAGCAUUAACAACAACAACAUCAAUAAGAAUGCAACUAGUCUCUCAACAGUCCUGAGUUUAACCACGGCAUCAAACCUAUCGUCAUCGAUGUCGUCGUCUUUAUUUUUUACACCGCCAUCUUUCGGCCAGCCUGUGGCUCAGCCUUCGUUUCCUACUUCCAAGUUAGGAAAUCAGUGGAACGUUUCGGACAUGAGGAUUCCUCCGCCACUCUCAUCCAAUGAUCUCUGGCCUUCCUCUUCUUCUUCCUCUGCAUCUGCGUCCUCAUUUUCGAUCAACAGCAACAACAACAAGCAGACUGCACUGAACAACAACAACAGCACUCAUAAUUGGAACAACAUCAACAGAAGCAUCUCAUGGGCCUCUGGAGACAGGGUGGAUGUUGGCACCUCCUCCUCCAUGGCUCCUCUACCUGCUGGACACCUGCCGAACAACUGGCCAAUGUCAAAUGGUCCGUCCAGCUGGCUACUUAUCAAGGGCAUUCCACAGCUCGAACCGACGACUCUGCAGAACUUAUGCCUUCAGAAUGGAGCCAGCAGCACUCUUCCUAACUUUUUCCCCGGGCAGUUGCUCGCCUGUUUUCCAAGGAUUGAGGACUCUAUUAAAGUUCUGAGGCAGCUGAAUGGCAUUAGGAUCGGAGCGAACUGCGUGAAAGCUGACUACAUCACCGACUCUGACGUCACACUGCUUCUCUCCAGGAUGCACCAGCUGACAAACACCAACGGAUUAGGAGGACUGGGGGGAGCUGUAUCGGCUGCUCUGAUUGGCGGAGGGGCAGGUCUGUUGGGAGGAGUCAUGCCACCCAGCAACAACAGCAGCAACGGCAGCAGCAGCAACCACAACAUGCCUCCAUUUUUAAAUAAAAUGCCCAUGCCUGGAAGCGAUGGUUUUUCAUUUUUGGGAAUGGGAAUGCGUGGAGGGGGCGUGGUUCAUCCGCCUACUCACCCGCCUCCUUCUCUUCAUCAUCACCAUCAUCAGUGGAACCAGCAGCAGCCACAGGCAGGUGCAGGGUUGGUAGGAAACAUGAGUGCUGGGAUGAUAGCUGCAGGUGUUUCAGGCUCGACGUCAUCUUGGAGCAGCAGCAUCAGCGCUAGCACUAAUCAGAUCGGCGGUCCAUCCUCUUCCUCUUCGUCGUCAUCUUUCUGGGGACCAACUACUGUUGUUGACGAUCACGAUCAUAAUAUCUUUCUGCCCGGAGAUUUGCUGGGUGGUCAGUGACGGCGACUGUGGUCAUUGGUGGCGACUGUGGUCAGUGGUGGUGAUGAUGCGGUCGUUAGGUAGAUAUUUUACGCGAGCAUUUACCUUAAAUUCGAUAUGAAUAUCACUUGUACCCUGUGUUGAAAUUAACGUGAAAUUAUAAAUGGCAGAAUAUAUUUUUGUUCCUAUCAUUAUCAAUUUUGUUCCUAUUUGCUACGUGCGCAUGCAUGUCUGUGUGUUUUUACAUAACUUUCAAUUUUAUUCUCGUAUGAGCAUACAGCCUAAUUAUUUGUUAAUUAUCCAAUUAAUUAUAAUGAUACUAAUGAUUGUGCGUUCCAAUUCGGCAAUGAUUCAUCUUCACCGAACUCAUUUCAUCGCCGGGUGCAUAUAUUUCAUUAUGUUGUAAUCGUUUGAAAUCCUCUCUCCCUAUCUACGUAAGGAUUAUCUCUCCAUUUUUAUAUAUUAUCUUUUAAUUACUACUACUACUACUACUGCUACUACAUUAUCAUCAUCAUCUUCAUCCCUUGCUUUGUUUUCUUGUUUUGGUAAGCGUUUCAAAUCGUUAGAUAUUUUUAUUAUAAACAUUAUGUAUGAACACGCGCACGCACACACAUAUUUAUAUAUCUGAUAAUUUAAAUUGAUUUCAAGAUCCUGAUGUCAUUUUUUCAUUGUUGUUUAUUUUGUUGUCAAUGAUUUUUAAUAAUAUUUUUCGUUAAUUUGUUUAAUUUUGUAUCUUUGUUGCAUCGAAGAUGAAUCGAAUGUGAAUUUUUAUGGACGUAGUUGUUAUUUAUAUUUUUAAUAAAACUGUUACAGAUUUGAUUGUAA